AGUUUACCGUAGAAUCCAAUUAUGCAUUUGAAAUAUUUGUGGUUUCUCUACAUAAUUUUAAGCCUUGCUCUUGCUGUCGUUCCUCAAAUAGUACCAUGCCCACUGAAAUACCAGUGUCAUACAAAGGAAGAACCGGUUUGGGGAAGCGAGAAUCGAGGAUGUCACAUUUUCCUUAAUAAAUGUUUCCUGGCAAAUGAAAACUGUGAACGCAUAAAUAAUCAUCUGUCAAUGCUUAGGCUAGAAAAUAAGACAGUUUGCCAACAAAAGUGUCAUCAAUCUUGUCCGGGCAUAAUUUCGCCCGUGUGCGCCAUUUACAGGGGAUUCCUACAAACCUUCCCAAACCAAUGUGUUCUGGAUAAACAAGCUUGUAAAACGGGAAAGCCCUGGCAUUAUCUUUUUGCAGGCCACUGUGAUGCUAUUUACUCACUUGACGAAAAGAAAGUUUUGUAGGAGGUUGAGAAGUCCCUAUUGAAGAC